AUGUCUAGUUUGACUUGGUCCUCAUAUUCAAUAUUCAAGAUGCUCUGCAUUUUUCUGGGAAACUUUAUAACAUCGAGGAAGGCUGAAUUCAAGUGCAUUCUCAGCGAUCCUAAUUUUUCUUUUGAUGAGAAGGCUGAAAGUAGACUUUAUGUCGGUAACCUUGACUUGAGAAUAACAGAGGCUGCUCUGAUUAAGAUGUUUUCUCCCUAUGGCAAGAUUUUAUUUGAGGACUUCCUAUGGCACACUCGUGGGCCGAAACGUGGAGAGCCACGGGGCUUUGCUUUUAUUCAGUUUAGCACCAAAGAGGAAGCUAAAUUGGCCAAGGAAAAGAUGCACGGAAGGCUAGCUUGUGGACGUCCUUUGGUUGUUCGUCUUGCCAGUGAGAAAUACUUGGAGGAGUCGGCACAAGAUUCUUCCAGAGCACCAGGGGAGGCGAAGAAAACGGGCCUUACUGGUAGCACUUUAGGGCAGACGAGUCGUAGUGCCAAGAUUGCAGCAAUAAAGAACAAAUUGAGAGCCUUGGAAGAAGAGGGCCCUAGUGUGAAAAAGCAGAAGCAAGUUGACGGUGACUCUUGCAAGGACAGUCUUGAUCACUCACAAGGCAAGGGAUAG